UUAUAUAACCAAACUGUAACCUCCGUGCAUACCCCUAUCCACCUUACAUAUACUCGAGCCACAUGGAGAGUAACACUUGAUGAUCUUUGGUUGGUUGGCGCCUAACCACCACCGCGUAAGUCGCUUGUUUAAUUUUGCACCUGACCCUCAUGUCUACCUAACCCACGUAAAGAACGAGGGCAGAUUCAUUUCCCAAAGGUUUAUCCAGUUCCUAUCCACCAGAGGGAAUAUCGGAAACAGUUGUCCUUAGCUUCGUAUAACAUCAACACUGCUAUCUGAGAUCAGAAAUGCCUAACCCCAAGCCAUCGCCAGCAAAAGAAGGAGGGAAUGAAGUGUUAUUGAGGCAGAGAUAUAACGACCCAAUCAAGCUCAAGAAGGUCCUCGACGAAAUGUUUGGCGAGGGAAAGUAUGGAGUACAGACGAGAUCCACUAGGUGGAUCUUGCGGUUACCAGAAGCGAUGCCAAAAGAAAAAUUGGCAAAGAUCGAGGAGACUAUCCGGUCUCAUUAUAAUGGCUAGGACGCGAGGAGGUCGACGGGGAAUAGAGUAGUCAUCGAGAUGUUAUACCUGUUCUCAGUUUAGUAUGAGUAGGAAUAUGAAUGGUGGCGUAUGGACUUACAGUGGACAUG